GCAUUUCUGUCAAUCGUAAAAAUUGAGACUAGCCCCGACGCGCCUCCAUAAUGCGUGGUCGGUCUUCAGCAUCAGUCGUCAUUGAACCUCCGUCUCGCGAGCAGCCACGACCGUUCGUUCAAUCGAGAGCAUAAACACAUUAGACAAAAUGGCUACUGUCACGAGGUUGUCGAUCAUAAAAUCCCUUGAACUUCUCUUGGUGUGCAUCCUUAUCGGACUGCACUAUCACUCUUUCAAUGCGGGAGAUCAACAUACCGCGAUGAUAACGAUGGGCACAUUCGGCGGAUACUUGAUUAUCUUGGUCGGCUUGUUCAUCGGCAGCGUGAUGGGAACGCCGGUCAACCGUCGUGUGGACCUCUUCUUCUCGCUCGUUGGAUGCGCUCUUUUCGUGGCUACGGGCGCGCUUAACAUCGACUACUUCGACAAAAUCGCGCGCAAAUCAUCGUUUCGUGAUACCGGUUUGGCCAAAGGAUCUAUCAGUAUCAUCGAGGGCGCUAUUUUUCUCGCAGAUGCAUUCCUUACGUUUCGGGGGGAGAAUUGAGAUCUGAAUCGUUUUCAAGUACAAUAGAGGGACUGCACGGCCGGCUGUUCGGUGUUAACCACAUUCCGCAAUCGACGGAAAUCUUUUCUAUAAAGGAUAUACUGCCAAGAAGUUUCCUGAUAUAUGAAAGAAACUUCUUUUCUAGCCGGGUAGUCAAAUAUGGGAAAUAUUUAUACAGAAAUCCAGGAUUCGGGUCUUUUAUUACUUUUUUUUUUUUCAUCAAUUUUACACGCAUGCUUCUUUGUUUAAUUUGAUAACUUGUUAUAGAGAAUUCUAAUUUGAAAACCUAUAGGAUUUUUUUUUUUUAUAAAUUAAAUUAUUAAUUAGGCAGUUUUCUUCUGAAUAAGAAGAAAUUUUCGGGUUUAUUUAAGAGCCAGAGUUUUAAAUAAUAUAUUAUUGCGUUAGUACCUAACACCGAUGAUAGUACAAAACGUGCAGGGAUCACAAAAAUGAUAUAUAUGCGUAUUUUAUACAUAUAUAUAUAUAUAUAUAUAUAUAUAUAUAUAUAUAUAUAUAUAUAUGUUAAUAUUAAUAAGAGGCAGUCUCUUAGAAGCAGGCCAGUUGAUUCUAUAAUCGUUAAUAAUAAUGUACUGACAUUAUGCAAUUGUAAAUUUAAAUUAUGAUACUGUUAGAGUCUAACAAGAAUAGCAGCAACGGAAAAAAAAAGAAAAGAAGAAGAACAAUAAAUAUCAUGACAUGUUUUUCUAUAUGAUCCUAUUUGCGUGUGUAUUUCGAUGCUAAAUAUUCAUCGUGGCGAUCUCGAAUCAUUCAUUGUCUUUUCACAAAUAUUUGUGAAUAUUUAUCUUUUAUUUGUACGUUUUUACGCUAAGAUUUCAAUAAUAAAGGAUUAUAUAUGAACAGAA